ACAUCGCUUGUUUCUUGCAGGGAGGAGGAGGCAGGAGAGAAACCUGGACCUGAACCAUGGACAGAUCAGACGACACAGUUGAAAUACCAGCCCUGGGCCGCCCAUUCCAGCUGGGGAUGCUGUACGACUGUCGUAAAGAUGCCCUCAUCCCAGGAAUCACCCUUUGGGGCCACGACUCGCUUCAGAAGGACUUGUGUAUCAAACCACAACCAAAGACUGAAUAUGAAAUCAUUGCAUCUGACUCCAUUGAUGAUAAGACCUCUGCCCUCAAUGUCUCAGGAUCACUCAAGGCCAGUUUUUUGGGGGGAUUGGUGAAAGUGGAAGGGUCAGCCAAGUACCUUCAAGACACCAAGAAGUCCACAAAACAGGCCAGAGUCACUCUGCAGUACAAAGCUACCACCAAGUAUUCACAGCUGACCAUGAGCCAUUUGGGAAUCCAAAAUGUCACUUAUCCAGCUGUUUUUGAGCAUGGCACAGCCACCCAUGUUGUCACUGCCAUCUUGUAUGGAGCCCAGGCUUUCUUUGUGUUUGACCGAAAUGUCUCUUCUUCCGAGUCUGUGGAAGACAUACAAGGAAGCCUGAAAGUUAUGAUAGAGAAGAUGGCCACUAUUGGAGGCGAGGCAGCCAUCCGCAUGAAUUACCAGGAAAGAAACCAUGCAAAUCAGUUCAACUGCAAGUUCUAUGGAGAUUUUUCUCUGGAGAAUAAUCCAGUGACUUUUGAAGACUCCAUUAAGGUCUACACUGCUCUGCCCAAAACGCUGGGUACCAAUGGGGAGAAGGCUGUGCCUGUCAGAGUUUGGCUAUACCCACUGACCAAGCUGGAUUCCAAAGCAGCUAAGAUGGUGCGCGAAAUCAGCUUAACACUUAUCCUUAAUGCCCAAACCAUCAUGGAGCAGCUGAGUGAAAUCGAUAUGAGAUGCAAUGAUUUGUCUACCAAUCCCAUUGCUACCACCUUCCCAGAAAUACUGUUGAAAAUCAAGAAAUUCCAGGGUUUCUGCAAGCAACACAGGCAGAUUUUCCAGAAACACCUGGCAGGAAUCUUGCCUUUGAUCCGGGGAGGGGGGAAAGAGGAAAGAGUUCUGGUGGACAUCUUAACAUCCAUAAAUCAAUCACCUUUCAAUGGCCAAAGACUCAAUGAAUUUUUGAAUAAUAAGGAACAAGAGAUAACCAUGGUCAAGUCUUACCUUGAUAUCCUGAGUGGGAUAGAAACCAUCUCCUCCCAGAAUAAACUGGAAGAGGUAGUGCUUAACCACCAGAAUGAAUUUGUUGUCUUAUUUACAUUCACUUCUUUACAUGAUGAGGAACCAUUUUUAACCAGCUUACAACACUUUCUUCAUAAACGAUCAGCAGAUCCCACAGGAGUCCAGAAUGCACCUGAGGAUUGGAAUGCUUGGUUUCAGGAAAAAGACAGACAGAGAAAUGCUCGGAAAGCUGCCAAGUCCAUUGCUAAUUUUGCCCAAGUCAAUAAAUCAAACAGGAAGACCCGGCUCCUUGUGGCUUCUGUCCCAGAUCAGGACAACCCAGGAGCUUCCAUUUACCUCUAUGAAGAUGGGGAGAUGGUCAACAGCAACUUUGAGCUUCCCUCAAAACCUCUCCCUCCACUGAUUGGGCGAAUUGGACAUGACCAUGUGCAGCUGACAUUUCAACCAGCUAAGUAUGGGAGGGCUUCAAUCUCUAGCUAUCAAGUAGAGUACAAGAUUGCAGGAGAAGAAAAUUGGAAGAUUGUGAAUACAGACGACAGUCAGGAGACAUUCCAAGUGAGAGGGUUGAGUGCAAACACAGAAUACCAGUUUCGAUACACUGCUAGGAGCAAACCAGGACUUAGUGAGACUAGUGAUUUGAGUAGAGCUGUACAGACACUUCCUACCAACCCUCCUGGGAAACUGAGAGUGAUAAUUGCAGAGUCUUCUAAAAUCAGUAUAGUGUGGGAGAGCCCAAAGAUCAUUGGCCAGGGAGCUGUUAUAAAGGAAUACAAAGUGGACUACAGUGAAGAGGCUGGAGAGGCAAAAAGGAAGGACAAAGAACAAGAAAAAAGAACAGGGAAGAAAACAGAGUUCUGUGAGAUUGAUGGUCUGAAGCCCCAGACACCCUACAGAUUCAGAGUCUCAGCCAUGUGUGCCGGUGGGGCUGAGAGUGAGCCCAGCAAAGAGAUUGAGGUUUCCACAUCAUUGGAAGGAGACAAGAACAGAGUCGCUUGUAAAUACCUCCAAGACAGCAUCCUGGUUGAGGAUGGGCCACCAGCAGUGUAUGCUCUGCCACUGGAGGCCAUACCAGAUGUCUCUACAUCCUGUCGAACAUACCAGCUAGGGAAAGAGAACAUGCAGGCCCCCAACAAAGUGAUUAUGGUGAUGGGGGCAACAGGGUCAGGGAAAACCACUCUCAUCAAUGGGAUGAUCAAUUAUGUCCUAGGUGUGCAAUGGAGAGAUGAUUUCCGAUUCAAACUUAUUCAUGAAAACACCAACAGAAGCCAAGCUCAAAGCCAAACGUCAGAAAUGACCGCCUACGUCAUCCACCACCAAAAGGGUUUCCAAGUCCCCUUUUCCCUCACCGUUAUUGACACUCCAGGAUUUGGAGACACAAGAGGAAUAGAGCAUGACAAGUUGAUAACAAAGCAGAUCCGGGAGUUUUUCUCCUCCCCAGGGGGCACUGAUCAUAUAGACGCCAUCUGCAUUGUCGUCCGGGCCUCUUUGGCUCGUUUAACUCAUGCCCAGAAAUACGUCUUUGACUCUGUGCUCUCCAUCUUUGGCAAAGAUAUAAAGGACAACAUCCAAGUCCUGAUCACUUUUGCAGAUGGACAGACCCCUCCUGUUCUCGAGGCCAUUAAGGAAGCCAAUGUUCCAUGCGCCAAGGAUGCCAAGGGCACCCCUGUGCACUUCAAAUUCAACAAUUCAGCACUGUUUGCUAACAAUCCUGUGGAGCCUGGAGGCAAGUUCAAUUUUGAUGAAAUGUUUUGGAAAAUGGGUGCCAUGAGCAUGAAGACCUUCUUUGAUUCAUUCCACACGCUAGAAACGAAGAGCUUAACAUUGACGAAGGCAGCUACAGGAAUUGAACUGAGGAUCGCCCUUGUUGGUAAAACUGGAGCUGGGAAAAGCGCAACAGGAAACACCAUCCUGGGCGACAGAAGGUUCACGUCGUCCACAUCCUCUUCCUCAGUGAUGAGAAAGUGCCAAAAAGAAGAGACUAUCAUUGGUGGUAGGAGAAUCGUGGUUCUUGACACGCCUGGCUUUUUUGACACUAAUGUUCCAAAAGAAGAGAUUUGGAAAGAAAUCCGAACCUGUGUGAGGAACCUCUACCCAGGACCACAUGUCAUCAUACAUGUCAUGCAAGUUGGCCGUUUCAGCCAGAAGCGGAAGGCCGUUGCUCGGAGAAUCCAAAAUACUUUCAGCCUCAGAGCAAGAACAUACAUGGUCAUGUUGUUCACCCGGAAAGAUGAUCUGGGAGGCAGAUCUUUCAGAGAGUUCUUGGCGGAGGGAGACCAGGAUCUGCAGAAAUAUAUAACUCAGUAUGGUGAGAGGUGUCUGGCUUUCAACAACAGAGCUCAAGGGCAGGAAAGAGAGGAGCAGGUGGAUGAGCUGCUUGGGAUGAUCGACCACCUGGUGGAAAGGAACAAGGCAGCCCCCUGCUACACGGAAGACAUGCUGGAGGAGGACAAAGAAGAGGUUGAGAGUAUGGAGAAAGAAAUACAAAGGGAAGUGGGAAGUCAGAGGAAGGAUGUGAUAAUGAUCUCUCUCAAGGAGCUGCAUAGCCUGAGACUGGAGCCUGGGAGUCGAUCCCACAAGGAUUCAGAAGUGCGGGUCGUUCUUGUUGGGAAGUCUGGUGGAGGGAGAAGUGCCACAGGGAACACCCUUCUGGGGAAGAAGAAGAUAUUUGAGUCCAAACUCUCUCCGAAGCCAGUGACCCAGACUUGCAGCAGAGAGGUCCGAGCAGAGAAGUGGAUGGGGAAACAAGUUGUCGUCAUUGACACUCCGAACAUUUUUGAUGCUUGUCCUCAAACACAGCAUGAUAUUCUGGAAGUCCAGAAGUGCCUCUCUCUCUGUGAGCCAGGUCCCCACACCCUGGUGUUUGUGACGCAGGCCGGCCGUUUCGCCGAGGAACACACUGUGGCCGCCAAGAGGGUGGAGGAGGUCUUUGGCCCAGAGGCCACAAAGUACAUGAUCGUCUUGUUCACCCGCAAAGGAGAGCUAGAGACAGGUCUAGUGGAGUACACAGAGUUGUCUGGAAACAGAGCCCUGCAGGAAUUGGUGAGAAAAUGCAAGGGCCGUUGCUGCUCUUUCAACAACAGAGGGACGGGAGAGGAAAGGGCCAGUCAGGCGGAAGAGCUGCUGUGUCUCAUUGAGAAGGUGGUUCAGGAGAACAGGGACCAGCCAUAUCUCAAGCCGCGUCCGAGGGAGAUGUCACUGAGGUCAGAUGGAAGGAAUCCUGGGGAGACUUCAAAGCAAAUAGCAGCAGGGGAACCAGUGGAAGAUGAAAUGAAGGCUGGAGAAAUCCCCAAAGGGCAGAAGAAGAAGAAAUCGAAACAUCAGGUGGUGGAGUUAGGGUGCAAAGAAAAGAAUGGGGCCCUUGUCUUUUCCAAUUGCUGA